UAUUCGUCCGAACAUCUCUACUCCUAGGUUUUCGUUAGAAAUAAAUAAAGAAGUGAUGAAGAAAAAGGUUGUAGGGACGGUAAUUUGGGAACAAAAGUCAGAGGGUAUUUGUAGGAAUGAAUGUGAAACGGAAUUUUUAGGAAUUUUAAUAAAUAUAUCAUUCGCCUGAUAUCACGUGUAUCGGAAAGUUAACGGAGAAAUUUACCCUUGUUUUUUUCCUUCUCGAACCAUCCUCUCGAGUAGCUUCGCGAAAAGGAACGAAGGCAAUCGCACAAGCCUCGAGUUCCCCUCUUCAAAACCAUUCUCACGAAUCUCUUUCAACUUUUUCAUUGUCACUCGUCGUGUUUUCUCUUUUUAUCUUUUCUGAGGGUCUGUCUUUGUACGUUUUUUUCCUCAUUCCAUGUAGAGCAGCGAGACUCUCAUUGUUCCAGAGAGAUUAUAAAGAGGAUCGGCCAUGCAUGCUCCCGUUCUUGUUUUAAAGGAUUCUUUGAAGUGCGAAUCUGGAAGUAAGGUGCACCAUGCAAAUAUUCAGGCAUCAAAGUCUGUUGCUGACAUCAUCCGUACUACUUUGGGUCCUCGUUCCAUGUUGAAAAUGCUUUUGGAUGCUGGAGGAGGCAUUGUGGUCACAAAUGAUGGAAAUGCUAUACUACGUGAGUUGGACCUUUCUCACCCAGCUGCCAAGUCCAUGAUUGAACUAAGCCGCACACAAGAUGAAGAAGUUGGGGAUGGGACUACAUCUGUAAUAAUUCUUGCUGGCGAGAUGCUUCAUGUUUCUGAAGCUUGUAUUGAGAAGAAUUAUCACCCUUCAGUUAUUUGUCGAGCUUACAACCAAGCUCUUGAGGAUGCUAUUGCUGUGCUUGACAAGAUUGCUAUGUCAGUUGAUGUGAAUGACCGGCCUGCAAUGCUGGGUCUUGUUAAGAGUUGUAUUGCCACAAAGUUUACCAGUCAGUUUGGAGAUCUAAUUGCUGAUCUAGCAAUUGAUGCUACUAUGACAGUGGGUGUGGAUGUCGGCCCUGGGUUGCGCGAGGUAGAUAUUAAAAAAUAUAUAAAGGUUGAGAAGGUUCCUGGUUGCCAGUUAGAAGAUUCUAGGGUUCUCAAAGGGGUUAUGAUUAACAAAGAUGUUGUUGCACCUGGAAAAAUGAGAAGAAAGAUAUUGAAUCCACGCAUUAUUCUUCUAGGUUGUCCUCUUGAAUACAAGAAGGGAGAGAAUCAAACAAAUGCAGAGUUGGUCAAGGAAGAAGAUUGGGGAGUUUUGCUCAAAAUGGAGGAAGAGUACAUUGAGAACCUCUGUGCACAAAUUCUGAAAUUCAAGCCUGACUUAGUAAUUACAGAAAAGGGACUUGGUGAUCUAGCCUGCCAUUUCUUGAGCAAAGCGGGAGUCAGCACUAUCAGAAGGUUGAGAAAAACUGAUAAUAAUAGGAUUGCUAAGGCAUGUGGAGCAGUUGUUCUCAACAAACCAGAUGAACUCCAGGAAUCUGAUGUUGGAACCGGAGCUGGACUUUUUGAAGUUAGGAAGAUUGGAGAUGAGUUUUUUGCCUUUAUUGACAACUGCAAAGUCCCUAAAGCUUGUACAGUUCUUUUAAGAGGUGCCAGCAAGGACCUGCUGAAUGAAGUUGAAAGGAAUCUACAAGAUGCCAUGUCUGUAGCACAAAACAUUAUUGAAAAUCCAAAACUUGUUCCCAGUGGGGGUGCCUCAGAGUUAACUGUAUCUGCUACUUUGAAGCAGAAGAGCUCUUCUGUUGAAGGCAUUGAAAAGUGGCCUUAUGAAGCUGCAGCAAUAGCCUUUGAAGCAAUUCCACGAACUCUGGCCCAGAAUUGUGGGGUGAAUGUGAUACGGACAAUGACUGCCCUGCAAGGCAAGCAUGCAAAUGGUGAGAACCCAUGGAUUGGUAUUGAUGGGAACACUGGUGCUAUAGUGGAUAUGAAAGAAAAAAAGUGUGAAAUAUGGGAUGCAUAUAAUGUGAAGGCACAAACAUUCAAGACAGCAAUCGAGGCUGCUUGUAUGCUUCUGAGGAUUGAUGACAUAGUGAGUGGAAUCAAGAAGAAGCAAGCUCCUGGAGCUGGGCAAGCUCCAUCAAAGCCUAAAAUAGAGGAAGAAGGAGAUGCAGACAAUGAGCAGAUACUUCCAGAGUAAAAUCUAUCUGUGAGUUGUUAUUCCAUGACUAUUUGACAGUUUGGAGUGUUUCUCGUUUGUUCCUAUUGAUCACUGUGGGAGAUAUCAAAGCUCGGUUGCAGGUGAGUUUCUGCAGCAGUUUACGUUGCAUGCUUUUGCAUUUUAAUUUUUUGGAGGGAACUUUGCAUUUUUGAAUUGUAUUUUUCUUCAUAGAUAGAGAGUGAAUCGGUUUUGGGUUGUUAUCAAAUGAGCUGAGGAAGGAAACUGAAUUGAGGUGUAAAAUUUUGAUGAUAGAGAAUUUUCAAGUCCAGCAGUCACCAUGUUC